AAUGAGGCUGCAGUGUUUUUAGGGUUAGCAAGUCUGCUCUGUCUUCACACACAAGCUAAGAUCUUCCACACUGUGAAGUGAACACAAAGAAUGGAGUUUCAACAAAUUGGGAGAUUAGGGGCCGGUUAUCAAAGUAGAUUUAUUGUGCCUUGUUCAAGCGAAGGAUGAAAUACCCUGUGGGCAUGAAGAAGGGGUCAUGGGACUCCCAAAAGGAUUACCUUGAACCGGAGUCAUGAGACUUGGGCGAACAAAGAGCCUGCUCACAUGCUCAUCAUAUUAGCUGGCCCUCAUAAAGUGAAGAAGUUUCAUGUCCUUUGGGAUUCAGUGGGAGCACUUCACUGGGAGUGCAGCAGCAGCAGAAGCAGCAGACCUCCUCUCUGCUCUCUAGGUUUAACCUCCACCAGCACUACUGAUAGGACCCUGCAGCUCGGACUGUGUGCCGCAAAAGCUUGGAUUGAGAGGACCUUUUGUAAAAGAGAAUGUGUUCACAAAUUUCCCACCAAGGAUCCAAACAGAUGUGCCUGUGGUCAGCUGACAACGCAGCAUGUGGCCAUCCCCGCUGGGGCCAACUCGCUGGAGGAAGCAAACCAGCUGGUGCAGAUUGAAACCCAGAGGGAUAAAUGGAAUGUGGUAAAACACACCCGGACUUACCCAACGGACUCCUUUGGCACAGUGGAAUUUCAGGGUGGAGGAUUCGUCAACAAGGCCAUGUAUAUCCGAGUUUCCUAUGACACCAAGCCAGACAACCUUCUGCAUUUGAUGGUGAAGGACUGGCAGUUGGAGCUGCCAACUUUACUGAUCUCCGUGCAUGGAGGUCUCCAAAACUUUGACCUCUCACCCAAACUCAAGCAAGUGUUCGGCAAAGGCCUGAUAAAAGCCGCCGUCACCACCGGGGCUUGGAUUAUUACAGGCGGAGUCAACACAGGGGUGAUGCGUCAUGUCGGAGACGCCUUAAAGGACCAUUCCUCCAAGUCACGUGGGAAGGUGUGUGCUAUAGGAAUCGCUCCAUGGGGGAUCCUGGAAAACAGAGAGGAUCUCAUCGGGAAAGAUGUGACCAAACCCUAUCAGACAAUGGCAAACCCUCUGAGUAAGCUGGCUGUGCUCAAUAGCAGCCACUCCCACUUCAUCUUGACUGACAACGGCACCUGUGGGAAAUACGGCUCUGAGGUCAAACUCCGCCGGCUGCUGGAGAAGCACAUCUCCUUGCAGAAGAUCAACACACGUUUGGGUCAGGGGGUUCCUCUAGUGUGUAUGAUAGUGGAGGGAGGUCCCAACGUGAUCUCCAUUGCAUUGGAGAGUCUGAGAGACGAGCCUCCCGUCCCCGUGGUGGUGUGUGACGGCAGCGGACGAGCUUCCGACAUCAUCUCCUUCGCACACAAGUAUUCAGAGGAAGGAGGCAUGAUUAAUGAUGAUGCCAGAGAGCAACUUUUGGUAACUAUUCAGAAGACUUUCAACUAUAGUAAAAGCCAAUCGCAGCAGAUCCUGCUCAUGGUUACGGAGUGCAUGAAGAAAAGGGAACUGAUCACAGUUUUUCGGAUGGGUUCUGAAGGACAACAAGAUAUUGAAAUGGCCAUUCUUACUGCCUUGUUAAAAGGCACCAAUGCUGCAGCAGCUGAUCAACUGAGCUUGGCUCUGGCCUGGAACAGAGUGGAUAUUGCUCGCAAUCACAUUUUUGUUUAUGGACACAAUUUACCAGUAAGUGUUUCUCACAUCUCAAAAGUGAAAAUUAUUCACUCCAAAGAAGUUACUGCAAUAACAAAGUUGGCAUGGAUGAUUUUAGUACAGAAGGAAAUCAUUUGGUUUUGAAGGAGU